CCGAGAGAUUGGACACGGCUGAUCUUGACCAACCCUAUCGUGGCCAUUGCCCAACCCGAGCGGAGCCCGUCCUGGUUCGGCCCCAUGCCACAUCCGGUAUGCGUCUUUAGUGGUGAGAGCAACCAGAGCGAAGGUCGGUGGUGGUGGUGGGCAGCCCAGGAGCAAGCGUAUUGGGCUUUGACACUCUAAUUGUAAUAAGGGAAACUCCCUCUUCCCCUCUUUCCUCCGAAAUAUUUUAGUGAGAGAAAGUAGCAUGCUGAAAUUUUGGUGGCUUUUGAUUCUGUAAUUACUCUGAGAGCAACAACCCUCUCUCUCUCGGAAAAAGAAAUAAAUGUAGUGAGAUAAAAGUAGAGCAAACGUUAUGGUGGCGGAAACCGAAGAUUAUUCAGCCGCGGCCACUGUAGUGGGUUUUGAUCCUCCUAUUUCCUUGUUGAGGGGUCCUGUACCAGCAAGCUCCAUUGACGACCCAUCGAAGGGUGAUUUCGUUCUCGCUUUCAAAGAUGAGCGGAGUUGGAGACGAGCAUUUCAAGCGUCUGAGGCCAAAUUAAGAGAACAGUGCGAGGCAGGGGCACGAGUUGGUUGUUCUAUCGGCGCAUCCACCAAAUGCCGGCCUUCAUGGUGGCAAAGCCUAUUCAGGUCCAAUGCUGUUGAUUUCUCGGAGAGAGAGAGAUGUGAAGAGAGAGAAAUGGCUGCUUGUCUUGAUGCUUCCAAAGAAGCUUGCAUCCAGUUUGCCAAGGAUAAAUGUCUGCCAGUCUUUCGAGAUGCACGCAUUGCCUCCAAGAAUCAUAAACAUGGUUUGGAAUCCAUGUUAUUGGGCUCCGAAAUAGAAUCAGCAACUAACUACCGAGGCAGCGUUCUUUUGGGUUGUGAAGUUGAAAGAAGUUGCAAAGAGAGGCAGGAUUUGGCAAAGUAGAUGGGGAGCUACUGUUGAUCUUAUUUAUGAACGCAAAACAUGUGAAGCACAAGCUGAGAAAGGAUUUCCUUGCAACAAGUUAGAUAACACCUUUGUUUGGUGUAAUUUCUUUUCUUAAUAAAUUCUGUUUGGUGUAAUUUUACAUAAUUUCUUGCCUUUUGUUAUUUGAAAGUAGCUUUUUAUAUGAUCUUCUCUGCUGAGGUUUGUCUGUUUAUUUUCUGGUGCGAAUUUGCACUCGUUCUUGUGUUUUCUAGUAUGAGACUAGCUUCUUAAUUAGAUUAGGUACCCAUCUUUCCAACUGAUUUUCUCCAAAGAGGCUUGUGUGAUUUUAUUCUUUUUGGUGUAAUUUUACAUUGUCU